UUCAAUAUUCUGUUUGCUAUUCUGAUUACAGAGACAAAGAUGAGAGUGGCAGCAAUCUCCCGCAUGUUUAUUCUAUUUCUUUGUUUUCCAUUUCUAAAAUUUAUAUCUCUAGGCAGCGCCCAGAAUGUUUGUGACAACGGCCACGGCAACUACACAGCCAACAGCACCUACAGCACCAACCUCAACACCCUUUUAUCCAGUCUGUCUUCCGACACACAAAUUGACUACGGUUUCUACAACUUUUCAUACGGGGAAAACAGUAACAUAGUAAACGCCAUAGGGCUGUGUAGAGGAGAUCUUGAGCCAGAGGAGUGCCGCAGCUGCCUCAACGAUUCCAGAGUCGAUAUAACACAGGCUUGUCCAAACCAGAAAAAGGCAAUUCUGUGGUCCGAGAAAUGCAUGUUGCGCUACUCUAACGACACAAUAUUCCACAAGAUGGAAACUUCUCCUGGUUAUUACAUGUGGAACGCAAACAAUGUAACAGAACCGGAUCAGUUCAGCGCAGUGCUCGAUGACUUAAUGAAGAACGUAACAGGCAGAGCUGCAUCAGGUGACUCUCGCCGUAAGUAUGCUACGGCGGAAAAUUCAACUGCUAUAAAUUUUCAAACCGUAUACGGUCUUGUGCAGUGCACCCCUGAUUUGUCUCAGCAAGAAUGUAAUCAAUGUUUAGAAGGGGCUAUCUCAGAAAUUCCAACUUGCUGCAAUGGCAAGCAAGGUGGUAGAGUUCUUAGACCAAGUUGUAAUAUUAGAUUUGAAACUUACAGCUUCUACGAAACUGCAACAACGUUAGACCCGGAUCCGGAGGCACCUCCUCCGUCCACCAAUACCACUUCCUCAGAAGGUACUUCUUUUUCUUCUCAAACAAUAAUUGUCAUCGCCAUAGUUGUGGCUACUGUUGUUGUCGUUAUUUUGCUCAUUUGUCUCCUCCUAUAUCUAAGGAGGAGGAAGGCAAGGAAAGAUCUUGCAGGCAAGUCCAAAGAUGAAGAUGAGGAUGGAAUUAAAAUUGCCGAGUCAUUGCAAUUCAACUUUGACACAAUACGAGUAGCCACAGAAGACUUCUCUGAUUCCAAUAAACUUGGACAAGGUGGAUUUGGAGCUGUUUACCGAGGUAGGCUGUCCAAUGGACAGAUGAUUGCAGUGAAAAGGUUGUCCAGAGAUUCUGGGCAAGGAGACGUGGAAUUUAAGAAUGAAGUGGUUUUAGUGGUGAAACUUCAACACCGAAAUUUAGUUAGACUACUUGGUUUCUGCUUGGAAGGAAGAGAAAGACUACUUGUCUAUGAAUUUGUUCCCAAUAAAAGCCUUGAUUAUUUCAUAUUUGAUCCAGCCAUGAAAGCACAAUUGGAUUGGGAAAAGCGCUACCAAAUCAUUAGAGGUAUUGCUCGAGGUCUUCUCUACCUUCACGAAGAUUCUCAACUACGAAUUAUCCAUCGUGAUCUCAAAGCAAGCAACAUUCUCUUAGAUGAAGAGAUGAAUCCUAAGAUAGCAGAUUUUGGCAUGGCAAGACUGGUUUUAUUGGAUCAAACUCAAGCAAACACAAGUAGAAUUGUUGGAACCUAUGGAUAUAUGGCACCAGAGUAUGCAAUGCAUGGACAGUUUUCGGUGAAAUCAGACGUCUUCAGUUUUGGUGUACUGAUUCUUGAGAUUGUAAGCGGCCAGAAAAACAGUGGAAUCAAUAAUGGAGAGAAUAUGGAGGAUCUGCUAAGCUUCGCUUGGAGAAACUGGAAGGAGGGGAAGGCAUUAAAUAUUAUAGAUCCAUCACUCAACAACAAUUCACGGAAUGAAAUUCUGAGAUGCAUCCAUAUUGGUUUACUCUGUGUUCAAGAAAAUUUAAUUGACAGACCGACCAUGGCUACCAUUAUACUGAUGCUUAACAGCUAUUCUCUGAGUCUCCCUAUUCCUGCAGAACCUGCAUUUUAUAUGAACAGUAGAACUAGAAGCUUUCCAGAGAUGCAGUCAUGGGAGUAUAAUUCAAGAGAAAGAGGAUCAAGUGAACCGAUACUUAAAUCAGCUCAAGAAUCAGAAAAUGAAGCUUCAAUUACUGAGCUAUACCCUCGCUAGAUGUUGUUCAUCAGAGUGGAUCUUUCAUCAUCCAUGUCUCUCAUAGUUUACAAUCUUUGUAAAGUUAUUCAUGGGUAGAAUUUUUUUUGAGAGAUCAAAUUGAUAGGUUUGUACUUUUCAAUUUUGUACUUUUAUAAUAAUUUGAUGUUCCAAAUCAUGAUAUGUAUGGACAUAAUUAUACGUGAUAUGACUUAAUAUGGCAAGUCAAUCUCUGAAUAUGAUGUUCGAUGUCAUGAUAUGUAUGGACAUAAUUAUACGUGAUAUGACUUAAA